UGACUGGCCCACCCCUACUUCUAAUCAUAACAAAAGGGCCCUCCAAUCUGAUCCGAGGACACUCCCGAUAACGUUGGCGCUUGCUAGACGGGCACGGACUGUCUCAGAUAGGAUUCCAGAUAGGGUUGAAUGCGUCAUUAUUCCACUAGUCCGUGGUGAUCGUGUUCAUCAUGUUCAACCCGUUCAUGCAUCCCCGUAAUCCUUUCCGUGCUCGCAGUGACUUUGCUCAAUUAGCCACGAAGUAUCCGGCUUUUCGGUCGGUGUCCAAAUGCAAUCUGGACGGGAGUGUGUCGGUCAACUUCCAGGAUCGCGAAUCCGUUCGCAUUCUCAGUCAAACCUUGCUCUGGGAUCGGUUGGCUUUGGAUGUGCAGAUCCCGGCCAAUUCAUUGGUGCCCACUUUGCCACUCCGGAUGAACUACUUAUUGUGGAUUCAGGAUAUGAUCAACGAAAAUGUGGAGUACUUCGGGUCCAAGCCAAUUUGGGGUUUAGAUACGGGGGUGGGGGCUUGCAGUAUCUAUCCGCUCUUGGGCGCCCAGCAAUUCCAUUGGCAUUUCAUUGGAACCGAAGUGGACGAAGCCAGUCUUCAUUCGGCCCAACAGAACAUUGAGCGCAAUCACUUAGACCCGUUGAUCAAGUUAAUAUUGACCGAAAAUGCUGAGACCACGCCAUUUUUCGCCACACCCGUGGCUCAGGCUCCCGAUUCACAUCUUCAUUUCACCAUGUGCAAUCCACCUUUCUUCGAGGAUCCUUCGAAAAGUCCAGCCUCCGAGGAUUCGAGUGAGACUACCUGGCCGAGUCGAGAAAAAGCCAAAAGUCCUCGGGAAUAUCCGGCCGGAUCCGAGGGCGAGAUUCAAACCUCAGGGGGCGAAGUGGGCUUUGUGGCUCGGAUGAUCGAUGAAAGUGUCGAAUUCCAAGAGCAAAUUGCAAUCUUCACGUGUAUGGUCGGACACAAGGCCAAUUUAGACACUUUACGCAAGAAGUUGUAUGCCGUGCGCUCUCAACACGCCUUGAAGUUCAUUUUUACCGAGUUUUGCCAAGGAACACGCCUUCGAUGGGGUGUUGCGUGGACAUUUAACCCGGCAGUCAAGUUGAUUGACACUUCAUUGAGGAAGAAACGCGAAAAGCCGUACGAAGUUGAGUGUGAGUUCUCUGGAAAGCCCAUCAGUUGUGAGUUCUCUGGAAAGCCCAUCAGUAUUCCUUCAUUGGAAACACUUUUCCGUCUGUUUUCCAAAUGGAUGAGUGAUGUCAAAGUGGACGUUGUGCCUGGAGCCGUUACUUCAGAGUGCGUGACUUGUGCGAUAUCGACCUAUAAAACUGAAUGGCGUCAUCAAAGAAGGCGGCGAAGAGAAGAGAAGCGACAACAACAGGAAGACCAAGGACCUCCGAGCAAAAAGAUCCGGAUUGAGGAGAAUGAAGCUAGCAAUGGAGGCAACGGAGAGAUUCAAUUAAGAUGCUCUAUUACCAUGAUACAGCGUGAAAAUUCGACUUUUGCGAUCAAAAUGAAGCUCGAAGAAGGUGCCUUGGGCAAAGUGGCAGUUCAUGAAAUCCUAAAUUAUGUUAGAAAUAAAUAUAAAGCCACGCCGGAUUGAAUAGAUUAUGAUGGCAAUUGUUAUUCAUUUCCAG